ACUCUUAGCUUCAGAGCUGAAAUAUGCCUCCCUUUAUGGAUCCUCAAGAAUCAGAUAAUGAAACUUUCAUUGAAGUAACUAACCUCAGUGAUCGCCCGAUUAUCUAUAUCCAGGAUCCGUCUAUGAGCAAACCCAAGUUGCUACUUAAGAAGGAGAGCCUGGGUAGUGCGAAGCAGAUUUCAGUUGAUCCAAUCUCCCUGAAAGAAUCAAAUGAAAUGGCGAUCCCCCACCCGAAAUCCCAACCUCUGACCAUUCCUGAUAUCCCUUUGACACCCAAUAACAAGUUCUUGAGCUCCAGCCUACCCAACUCAACAGCUUUAUCUCCAGAAUUUUUAUCAAAGAAGAAGAAAAACCAACUUAGUCAACUACCAUCCCCUCUGUCAUCAACCAAUCAUUUGGCUCGGCAGCACUCUCACUCUGUGGCGCUCACAAACCUUCAUCUGUUAAGAGAAAUCCAUUUACAGAGGAGUAAGUCGUGUGGCGAAGGCAGAGCCAGCGCCCCACCUGAAGAAUUUGAUAUUUGGUUCGCCCCGAAUAAUCAUGUAGCUGCUGCUGAGGACAGCAACAAGUUAAACAAUAAUAACUCAUUCCAAGAAUCAUCAGAAGGCGUCAGAACGGAUGGAACGUAUAAAAAAGGAAAAAUGUUGGAGGGUCGAAAUCAGGAGGAGAAGUUCAAAUGUGGAGCCCUGUGUUUGUUCAUUCCAGGUUUAGGAAAGGGAAUCAAACAUAUAAGAUCUGGGAGAAGGCAAGAAAGUGGAAUAACAGUAUCGUCAGAAAUGGGACAUCAUGUAGUUUCAAGGACAGUGUCGUUGGAGAAAUUCGAAUGCGGAUCGUGGACAUCAUCGGCGGCUAUAAUGAACGACGUAGGAGAUGCUUCAAAUAACAUGUUUUUUGAUCUGCCAAUGGAGCUCAUCCGUUGCAGUACUGUGAACGACGACACUCUUUCCCCUGUAACGACAGCAUUUGUUUUCGAUAAGGAAGUGAAAGGCGUCCUAAAAAACACAACAACAACGCACAGAAAAUCGCAUGAAUCAGCGCGUCAUGUUCGGUUUUCGACGUCGUCUCCAACAUCAUACCCGCCCUCGCCCACAUCAUCCUGCAUAACACCACGAAUUCUCAAGGCUAGAGAUGAUUUCAGUACCUUCCUAGAAGCGCAGAGUGCAUGAUACGAUAAUCUCCUCCCCUUUUUUUGGGUCUAUUAACACUUACUAGUAUAGUAGUAGUAGCUAUCUUGGUUGUGCCCCCGUUUGCAUUUAUUCCGAUCCGUCUUCGAUCGGCAUGAAACGAAAGAAGCAUAAAAUAUAUAUAUCAAACUUUGUUCA